UUAGCGCAGCCCAGACCUAAAUCCCCCGCGCCCCUCCCCCUUCACACGCGGUCACGUUCAGGGUUCACUGUCACGUCACUGAGGCUAAAGAGACAACGCUUUAUAUAUACAGUCUAUGCUAACAACCGACAACAGUUUGCUCCAAAAGAUGGCAGAAAUAGCCGGAUCGUCAUCCAGAGAGGAAAUCCUGAAGGAAAGUGGGCCUCCCGCCAUACUUGGACAAGGUCCCAAUGUGUGGAUAAUAGGGAGCAGCUACGUUAGACGUGGGGAAGAAAGAGCCAGACACACCAUGGGAAGCAACCUGGGUCUCAAUUGCCGUGUGUGGUGGUUUGGCAAGGGUGGUCUGAGGUGGAGGAACCUUCUUCCCUUUUUCUAUCAGUCCUUGAGAGGAAGAACAGUCCCGGAUGUCUUGCUCAUCCACUGUGGCGGCAACGACCUUGGCAACAUCAAAGGUGUGGAGCUUGUCACAGCGAUGAAGCAGGACCUGCUUUCCCUCAGUGACAACUUCUCAGAGAUGAAGAUAAUUCUAUCUUCUAUCAAUGAGAGAUGUCACUGGAGGAAUGCCAAUCCGGGAAAGCUGAACAAGGCCAGAAUGUGGGUGAACAGAGAGAUGGGUAAAUGUGUUAGUGGUUUGGGUGGAGAGAGUGUAAGGCAUCCUUGCAUUAAGUUUGACUGCCCUGGCAUAUUUCUAAGAGAUGGAGUUCAUUUCACCAAUUUGGGAAAUUAUAUGUUUUUAAGUAACCUUAAACAGUCCCUUGAGGCUACAAUCUAAAGUGGUUCUGCAU